AUGACGACGGAGUCCACCAAUGCUUCCGCAGAUCCUGUGAACGAUUCGCAUGCGAAUGGCAAGGAAACAAGUGCCGAGCAUCAUGGCAAGGGCAAGGACCAUUCGGUAGCAAAUGCCUCGGAUACCAACGAAAAGAACGGCACCGAGAAAGCGGAAAUCAACAAGUCUCCAUCCAAGGCACCUUCAAGUGUAAAGGAAGAAACGUCAAACGUCUUUUCCAGUGACGACGAUAUGCCGUUGGCAGCGGCUGGGUCGACAAAGGCGAAGGCACAAGAUGCAAAGGAUUCCAAGGAUGACAAGCCAAAAUCAAGCGACAAGGCAAAAGAUCACAAAGACACGAAGGAGUCGCAUAAGAAGGAAGUUAAACAAGACGGCGAAGCAAAAGCUCCUUCGAAGGUGAAAGAUGAGCCCAAGAGCAAGGCCUCAAAACCAGAUGCAGAGGAUAGUGACGAUGAAAAACCUAUUAGCAAGCUGAGGGCUGAAAAUGCGAAAGCUGCCAAGAAAGAAACAAAGCCACCUGCACCUGCCUCCGACAGUGAUGACGACAAACCCAUCAGAGCCCUAGCAUCAAAGUCCCCGGUGAAAAAAGAGGCGAAGGGUUCUGGCAAGAAGAGGAAGAUUGCAGAUUCUGACUCUGAAGAUGAGCCAGUGAAGAAACCAAGCAAGAAACCGGCCAAGUUAUCGAAGAACAACUCAGCGAGCAACGUCAAGAAGCCCGCAACAAGCCUCAAGGAGUGGUUGAUUGAAAAGUUUCUCAUCCGGUGGUGGUACGUGGUGGAAUGGCCUCCCAAGGACCGAGACCUACCGAAGAUGGAUGGAUACAAAGAGCUGGAUCAUUAUCCUUACCUCCUCUUCAACGAAGAUACUGGCCAUGUGAAGAACUGUCGUACCAAAGAGAACAUGCCUCCUUGCAAAGAGAAGUACAUGUCGCGUUCGACAGACGAAAUGCGCAAGAUGGCGAUGGAGGCGAUUCAGAAGCAGAUGGAGGUUUUGAAAGAGCACGAGCCGCACAACACUGAGCUCUUGAACACGUUGAAAAAGGAGCUGAAGGAAGUGAAGGGGAAAACCUCAGCGGAAGUGGGAGUCUAG